AAGCACGCCUCACGCCAUUGUCGGAAAGUUGAAGAGUCAUCGACAGCAAAUUGUAACUCGCCGGUUACAUACGAAAGAAGAUAAUUGUAGCAACCAUAAUGCCGCCUACAGACCCAUCGAAGAUAUCCAAGGUGGUUGUCCACCCGUUGGUCCUUCUAAGCGUGGUGGACCACUUUAAUCGGAUGGGGAAAGUUGGAAAUGUGAAACGAGUUGUUGGUGUUCUUCUUGGCUCAAAUAGACAAGGAGUUCUUGACGUUUCAAAUAGUUUUGCAGUACCAUUUGAUGAAGAUGACAAGGACAAAAGUGUGUGGUUCCUGGAUCAUGACUACUUGGAGAGCAUGUAUGGCAUGUUCAAGAAGGUCAAUGCACGAGAAAAGGUUGUUGGAUGGUACCAUACUGGCCCAAAACUUGACCAGAACGAUGUUGCUAUCAAUGAGCUGAUCAGGAGAUACUGCCCAAACUCGGUUCUCGUCGUAAUUGAUGCAAAGCCAAAAGACCUCGGCCUGCCAACAGAGGCUUACAUAUCUGUGGAGGAGGUUCAUGAUGAUGGUACCCCAACAUCCAAGACAUUUGAUCAUGUGCCAAGUGAGAUUGGAGCUGAGGAGGCAGAGGAGGUUGGAGUGGAACAUCUGCUCAGGGAUAUAAAAGACACGACUGUAGGCUCUUUGUCUCAGAGGAUCACUAACCAGUUGAUGGGUCUGAAGGGUUUACAUUCCCACAUCACAGACAUUAACAAUUACCUACAGAAAGUUACAUCACAACAGUUACCAGUAAACCAUCAGAUCAUCUACCAGCUUCAGGAUGUAUUCAACCUCCUCCCAGAUAUCAAUCUCCAAGACUUUGUUAAAUCAGUGUAUGUGAAAACCAAUGAUCAGAUGUUGGUAGUGUAUCUGGCCUCGCUCAUUAGGUCUGUAAUAGCCUUACACAAUCUCAUAGGCAACAAGUUACAGAACCGAGAAGCCGAGAAAAGUGAGGUGAAGGACUUAAGUAAAGAAAAGAAAGAGAAGGAGAAAAAGGAAAAAGAGGAAAAGGAAAAAGACUCUGAUAAGAAAGAUUCAGAUAAGAGCAAAACGGAAGAUAAGAAAGACACCAAGAGUAAAAGUGGAAAGUGAAAGUAGAAGUAAAUUGUAGGCAAACGAGUGAUAGUGCUAUUUCAUCAUUAAAAGUGCUCAUUACUAUGAUGAAAGUCACGGUUAGGCUACACAUGUGUGUUGGCCAGAUAUUACAGACUUCAGUCUUCUUGUGUUUCAGGUAAUGUUAAAAGUCUGCUCUUAACAUGUGAAAUGACCGUUUCUCAGAUGUGUAGCCAUCCUGCAAAUGGUUGUUGGAGAAUUUGUUGUUUUCUCAGAACAGUGAUAGACGGUUUUGGAGUAUUACAUUGUUCUAAUCUGAAUAUUGAUAAAGAGAGAAUACAGUUUUAUUUAAAUCUUUGCUGGAGACUCGUAGUAGUAAGCAGGAAUUGAAACACAUGACAGAUAUUAGGUGGAUACAAAAUCUUGGUUAAGCAGGUUAAUAUACUAAUGUGAUUCUUGUGUGGUCAUAUUGACCCAGAUAUUGUGCAGCUUGUCAGAAGCACAUACACAAUAUCAUUCAUAAUGAUUGUAUUAUAUAUAUUUCUGUUAAUGAUUAACUUCAUUGAAAUAAAUCUGACAUUGUAUAUU